AUGGGAAUGAUUCCGACCUUUGGCCUUGCUCGACGAGGUCUCAAUGCUUUUCAGGGCCAAGAAACACCAACUGAAGAAAUUCAGAUGCCAACAUGGGGUGUCAUGAUGAUCGCAAGUACACUUGUUGUAUUCUUCGUCAUGGAUUUUAUAGUUGAAUACACCUUUACCAGACUGAUCCCUACCCUUCUCAUGGUCGAAUCUCCUCAAGCAAUCCUAUUUGAACCUCUCGCAUCUGAAGACCUGGAUGCGAAACUCGACUCUAAGGGAGAUGUUGAACCUGAACUCUUACUCGUCAAGCAACAACCCAUCACCUCGAGCUUCAAAGCAACAAUCAAGCAUCUUCGCGCCCGAGCCGGAAGACGAAGUCACUUACGUGGUGUUGGCAUGCACUUUGUUAUGAGCUCCGUAUUUCAUCUACAAAUGAACUUCCUCUCCGUUUUCCUCCCCAUGAUCUUCGCCUUUCCUAUUGCGACUAUCCUAUGCGCACCUUUCAGGUUGGCAUGGACACAUAUUGUCAUCUCGGAUCCUAGCCCACUUCCUUGGUACAAGAGAAUGCCAAAUGUUGCAACUAUCAAGAAGGUUAUUCCGGCAACAGCUGUCUAUGCACUCGCCCGAGAAGCCGUUUACUUCGUCCCAAGUACCCUCGCUAUUUCCUACGGUCUCUUUGAAUCCGAACCCACCAAGAUGACCUCGCAACAACUCACCGUCAUGGGUCUACAACUAACUUCCAUCGUUCUUCUGGCUGGUGGUCUCGCCUUCCUUGUCCUCAUUCCAGCCAGCGUCUCCCUUACCCGUGUUCAAGCUUCCCUCCUCGCCGACAAUGAAGAAUCCAUCGUACCAUUCGAUCGUACAUUCGGUGGACGUGUUUCCGAAGAUGGUGUAUUGGGUACGCUUGAUGCAUGGAGAACUUUUGACUGGAACUCCCGUGUUAGACUUUUGAAGGCAUAUGUAAAGGCUGCUGCUAUGGAAAUUGCUUUGACUACGUUCUUCACAAUUGUCUUACUUUCACAAGUUCUUCUAGUGCUUGGUGACGACCGCAAGAAGAUCAUCAUUGGAACAGAAGGCAAUGGAAAAACUAUCCACCUUGACUUUUAA